AUGAAUUUGAACGUGUUUUAAGUGUCUUAAGACCUGUUUCUGACGUUAUUGUGACCCAGAGUCUCCAUUUGGUCGAACGGACAUCAUGAAAACUGUAGCUCAGCAGAUGUUACGGACCUGCAACAAACUUUUCUCUAGAAAAACACCAAAUGACAUUGUGGAGGCCCAUCCAUCCAACAUAGAAACAGCAGCACAACUGGAAAACAUCCAGCAUUUUCCCAGUCCUUCCCAUCCUCCCAGUGUGGAGGCCGCGAGAGAGAGUGCCCACCAUGUGCCGGUAGUGAUGGAGAGGGCCCACCAUGGUGGUGGAUGGCUCCUGUCUGGCAUCAUCUGCAUCAACAUCCUGAUCCUGGGAUGCGCUCUGGUCAGCGGCAGUGCCUUCAACAGCGUGGCCAUAACUGCUGUGCACCGGCAGAUCUUCCUCAUCAUCCUCCUCCUCCUCACAAUGUUGUGGAUGUUCUUUUACACAGUUUUCACAUCUCGAAAGGAUCAAGCAGUCAAAGACAGCCAUGCGGGGCCUGUGUGGCUUAGAGUUGGACUUGUGCUGUUUGGCCUGCUCAGUCUACUCAUGGACAUCUUCAAGAUUGCUAACUAUGUGGGGUACCUUCACUGUGACUCAGCUGUUAAAGUUGCCUUUCCUGUCGUGCAAGCUGUAUUUUUGCUGGUCCAGACAUACUUCCUGUGGAUCCAUGCGAAGGACUGUGUGCAGCUGCACACAAAUUUUACACGGUGUGGGCUUACUCUUACACUUUCAACUAACCUGGUGGUGUGGAUGGCAGCAGUGACUGAGGAAUCAGUCCACCAAACUGAGAUUCCUGAUUUAAAUUAUAAUGUCUCACACAAGAUGUACAGAGCCAGCUAUGGCGAUAAGAAGUGUAAAUGCAGCCACUCAGUGUGUGACACCUUCAAAGUGGCCUACUACUAUCUAUACCCCUUCAACAUAGAAUACAGCCUCUUUGCUUCUGCUAUGGCCUACGUCAUGUGGAAAAACGUGGGUCGUCUUGUGCAGGAUCACAGCCACCACAACGUUAAGUUCCGUCCAAAGGACGUGUGUUUGGGACCCUUAACAGGAAUACUCCUGGUGGUGGCAGGACUUGUAACGUUUAUAGUGUACGAGGUGAACAUACUGGAAGAGGACGAGGAGACGAGAAACAUGGCCUUACUGAUUCACUUUAUCAUGAAUAUAGUGAUAGUGAGCCUGAUGUCCAUGUCUGCUGUGAUCGGCUGCAUUUUCUACAGGCUGGACCGCAGGGAGCAUGUGUCGGAGAAAAACCCCACUCGAAGCCUGGAUAUGGGGCUGCUGGUCGGAGCCUCGAUGGGACAGUUCAUCAUCAGCUAUUUCACUAUUGUGGCUGUGGUGGCGACAGGAGCCAGAGGCUACCUGAAUGCCCUCAACCUGGCCUGGGCUGUGCUGACGGUGCUCCAGCUCGGCCUUCAGAACUACUUCAUCAUUGAAGGCCUGCAUCGGGAGCCCUUCCAUGUGAUACAGGAAGCAGCUCUGCACACAAAUGCUCACGCCUUCCAAGAACAUAUAGAGAUGGGCAUUGUAAUGGAGAGCAAUAAGUCUAGCUACUUCCUGGCUUCAAGUCUUGAUAAGCCAAAUUGGAAGAGAAGAGUUUUGAAGGAAGUCUGUGCUUUUCUGCUGCUUGCUAACGUCAUUCUGUGGAUCAUGCCUGCAUUUGGUGCUCGUCCCCAGUUUGAUCAUCCCAUGGAGAUAAAAUUCUACAAAUUCACAAUGUGGGCCGCUAUUGUGAAUAUUGGACUUCCUUUUGGAAUCUUCUACCGCAUGCACUCAGUUGCCAGUCUGUUUGAAGUGUACUUAAUCUCUUAGCUGAACUUAAUUUUUGUGUAUUGAGAGUAAUUUUAUGAUAGCUGUUUUAUGUAUUAA